UUAAAUUUCUUUCUCUCUCUCUUUGGCCUUUCGCCUCCAAUUUUUUUUCACCUUUUUUUUUGGAAUAUAUUCUCACUCGUUUAUCUCUUCAUUCUCUCCGCACCAUAUAGACCAGAUAAGCUCUCUUUUGCUGGUCGGAAUUUAGGGUUUCUUCUCCAUUGUUUCAGUCAUGUCUUUCCGAUCGUCCAAUGCAUCAUCUGGUAUGGGAGUGGCUGACCACUGCAUGCACACCUUUCUGGAGCUGAAGAGGAAGAAGGUUCAUCGCUAUGUGAUAUUCAAGAUCGAUGAGAAGAAGAAGGAGGUUGUUGUGGAGAAGACGGGUGGACCAGCUGAGAGCUAUGAUGAUUUCACAGCUGCUUUGCCUGAAAAUGACUGCCGCUAUGCUAUAUAUGACUUUGAUUUCGUGACCUCUGAGAAUUGCCAGAAGAGCAAAAUAUUCUUCAUUGCCUGGUCUCCCUCUAUUUCUAGGAUCCGAGCCAAGAUGCUUUAUGCAACCUCCAAGGAUCGAUUCCGACGAGAGCUUGAUGGCAUCCACUAUGAGAUUCAGGCCACUGAUCCCACUGAGAUGGACUUGGAAGUGCUCAGGGACCGUGCACACUAAACUCAAAGCUUUAUUCCUCUCAAGAAACAGGGCCAUUUAUAAUACAUUUGGAGUAGGAGCUACGCAAAUUCUUAUCAUCAUCUGAGGGUGGAGUCUAUUUGCUGUACUGCUUUGCUUCGAGGAAACGCUUGGUACGAAAAAUAUUACAGUAAAUAUUUUAAAAAAAGGUUGGGUUUGAUAUUAUUAAUAAGUGAUUCCAGUCUUGAUGGCACAAAAAUUCACUAGUAAUUUGAAUGACAUAUUAUGGAUGUUUAUAAUUUAUGCUGUUAAUAUGCAUGUGGUGGUUAUUUAUGAAA